GCGACGUCGGGGUUUGUGUGCGCGAGAGGCCGCCGAUAAAGGUUGGGUGCCUCGCGCCGGGGGCCGUUGGGAGGGAGUGCGCCCCUGCCCCCCCUCCCCGGCCCCCACAGCUGCACCGCCGCUGCCGGGGCCCCACCUUCCCGUCGAUCCCCGCGGGAAGGUCCUGGGGCUGCCACCCUCGUUCCCCCGAUUGGGGCCGCAGAGGCAUGAUCAAGGACAGGGUUGCCUGCCAAGAACAGGAGGGGAGAGGAGGGGCUGGAGGUUUCAGGAGAAAGAAGCAUGUCAGGUGUGAUGGUCGGCUCCCACGCGGACAUGGCGCCGGCCUCUACUGCGGAGGGGGCCGGGGAGAAGCCAGGCCCUGCGGCCCCUGCCCCGGCGGCCCAGUACGAAUGUGGGGAGUGUGGCAAGUCAUUCCGGUGGUCGUCCCGGCUCCUGCACCACCAGCGCACGCACACAGGCGAGCGGCCCUACAAGUGCCCAGACUGCCCCAAGGCCUUCAAAGGCUCCUCGGCCCUGCUCUACCACCAGCGAGGCCACACGGGCGAGCGGCCCUACCAGUGCCCCGACUGCCCCAAGGCCUUCAAGCGCUCCUCCCUGCUGCAGAUCCACCGUAGCGUGCACACCGGCCUGCGGGCCUUCAUCUGCGGCCAGUGCGGCCUGGCCUUCAAGUGGUCGUCCCACUACCAGUACCACCUAAGGCAGCACACAGGCGAGCGCCCCUACCCGUGCCCGGACUGCCCCAAGGCCUUCAAGAACUCGUCCAGCCUGCGGCGCCACCGCCACGUGCACACCGGCGAGCGGCCCUACACCUGUGGAGUCUGCGGGAAGAGCUUCACGCAGAGCACCAACCUGCGGCAGCACCAGCGCGUGCACACGGGCGAGCGGCCCUUCCGCUGCCCGCUCUGCCCCAAGACCUUCACCCACUCCUCCAACCUGCUGCUGCACCAGCGCACGCACGGCGCCGCCCCCGCCCCGGGUGCCGCCCCCGCGGCCCCGCCCCCCCAGCCCCGGGAGCCCGGCGGCGGUGGCGGCAAGGUCUUCGUGUGCGACGCCUACCUGCAGCGGCACCUCCAGCCCCACAGCCCGCCUGCGCCUCCCGCCCCGCCGCCCCCGCCCCCGCCCGUGGUGCCUGAGCUCUUUUUGGCGGCGGCGGAGACCACGGUGGAGCUGGUGUACCGCUGCGAUGGCUGCGAGCAGGGAUUCAGCAGCGAGGAGCUGCUCCUGGAGCACCAGCCGUGCCCCGGGCCCGAUGCGGCGCCCCAGCCCCAGGAGGCACCCGCCGAGGCGCCCAAGGCCGACCAGCCGCCGUCCCCUCUGCCGCAGCCCCCUCCUCCCGCCGUCGCCCCCGCGCCUGGCUUUGCCUGUCUGCCCUGCGGCAAGUCCUUCCGGACGGUGGCUGGGCUCUCCCGCCACCAGCACAGCCACGGGGCAGCCGGCGGGCAAGCGUUCCGCUGCGGCAGCUGCGACGGCUCCUUCCCGCAGCUGGCCAGCCUCCUGGCGCAUCAGCAGUGCCACGUGGAAGAGGCCGCGGCCGGGCGCCCGCCCCCGCAGGCUGAGGCUGCGGAGGUGACCUGCCCCCAGGAACCGCUGGCGUCUGCCGCCCCCGCCCCGCCGCCACCCCCGUCCGCCCCCGCUUCUGCGGAGCGGCCCUACAAAUGUGCCGAGUGCGGCAAGUCCUUCAAGGGCUCCUCCGGGCUGCGCUACCACCUGCGGGACCACACGGGCGAGCGGCCCUACCAGUGUGGCGAGUGCGGCAAGGCCUUCAAGCGCUCCUCCCUGCUGGCCAUCCACCAGCGGGUGCACACGGGCCUGCGGGCCUUCACCUGUGGCCAGUGCGGCCUUACCUUCAAGUGGUCGUCCCACUACCAGUACCACCUGCGGCUGCACUCUGGCGAGCGGCCCUACGCCUGCGGGGAGUGUGGCAAGGCCUUCCGCAACACGUCGUGCCUGCGUCGCCACCGCCACGUGCACACUGGCGAGAGGCCCCACGCCUGCGGUGUCUGCGGCAAGAGCUUCGCGCAGACCUCCAACCUGCGGCAGCACCAGCGCGUGCACACGGGCGAGCGGCCCUUCCGCUGCCCGCUCUGCCCCAAGACCUUCACCCACUCCUCCAACCUGCUGCUGCACCAGCGCACGCACUCGGCCGAGCGCCCCUUCACCUGCCCCAUCUGCGGUCGCGGCUUCGUUAUGGCCGCCUAUCUGCAGCGGCACCUGAGGACGCACGCCCCGGCCAACACGCCUCCCAGCACCACAGCCCCUGCCGCCGGCCCCCAGCCCCCUGCUCCACUGGCUGCUGCCCGGGCCCCGCCAGCCACCCAAGAUGUCCACGUCCUGCCCCACCUCCAGGCCACGCUCUCCCUCGAGGUGGCGGGGGGCACGGCCCAGGCCCCGAGCUUGGGGCCAGCAGCGCCCAACUCUCAGACGUUCCUCCUGGUGCAAACUGCCCAGGGCCUCCAGCUGAUCCCCAGCAGCGUGCAGCCCCCUACACCUCCGCCCCCUCCCGCACCUCCCAAGCUCAUCCUGCUGCCCUCCUCCAGUGCUGGGGCUGGGGGCGGCCGUGCAAGGCAGGGCCCGCGGGCAGUGGGGAAAGCGGGCCAAGGGGCGGGAGUGGUCUGGCUGCCAGGCCCUGGGGGUCUAGGGGUGCAGGGAGCGGCCAGCGCUGGGGCCAGCGGGGCAGGGCAGAGCCUCAUCGUUCUGCAGAAUGUGGGGGGUGGGGAGGCAGGGCCACAGGAAAUGAGUGGGGUGCAGCUCCAGCCCCUCCGACCAGCCCCAGAAGUAACCACGGUCCAGCUCCAGCCAGCGCAGGAGGUGACCACAGUCCAGCUCCAGCCAGCACAGGAAGUAACCACGGUCCAGCUCCAGCCAGCACAGGAGGUGACCACGGUCCAGCUCCAGCCCGUGGCCGGCCAGCUCUCCAAUUCCAGUGGGGGAGCUGUGGCUACUGAGGCACCCAACCUGCUGGUUGUUCAGAGCGGGGCAGCUGAGGAGUUGCUCACUGGCACGGGCCCCGGGGAGGCGGGGGAUGGUGAGGCCAGCACUGGUGUGGUCCAGGAUGUCCUCUUUGAGACACUCCAGACGGACGAGGGCUUGCAGAGCGUGCUGGUGCUGAGCGGGGCCGAUGGCGAACAGACUCGACUCUGCGUACAGGAGGUAGAAACACUUCCUCCUGGGCUGACCGAGCCGCCUGCCACCGGCCCACCCGGACAGAAACUCCUCAUCAUCCGCAGCGCCCCAGCCACUGAGCUGCUGGACAGCAGCAACACUGGAGGAGGCACCGCCACGCUGCAGCUCCUGGCCCCACCGCCGUCAGGCCCAGCCUCGGGCCCCGCGGGGCUCCCCGGGGCUCCAGCCUCCCAGAUGGUGCAAGUGGUCCCCGCAGGAGCUGGGCCUGGUGUUAUGACCCCUCAGGGCCUGCCCUCCAUCCAGAUUGUCCAGACUCUACCCGCGGUCCAGCUGGUGCACACGUUUUGAGGAGAGGCGGUGAUUCCCCUCCCGCCCCGCACAGAGACCCCGACCCACUGCCAGCCGGGGCGGGGCAGCGUGCCGCAGGCUGGGCUUGCUAAUAAAGACCCGAGUCUCCCCGCC